AAAUAAUGAGUUACCUUACAGGUCUGCAGUUGUACAUCAAACUGCCUCGCCACAGAACAGCAUAAACCAUGCAGUUCCUAGUUGCUCAACAGCAAAAGAAUUUCCUAGUUACUGCUUUGAGCAAAUAUUCUUCUGCGGUGAACAAUAUGGAACAAACAAUCAUGCUUCCCAGCCUCCUUCAAGACAUUCCUAUGGAGGACCACGAUGAAUCUAAGGAUGCUGCAGACAGUUCACAUAACAUGUAUGAAUGUUAUAUCCUGCUGAAAUCCAUCAAAAACACUGUGGAAAGUACCAUACUACCCUUUGAAGAUUUGAAACUGAAAAUCAAUGCUGGCUGUGACUUGGAAAAUGAAGAUGAAGCAAAUUUAGAGAAACGUCUCUAUAUCCACGUGAAGGGACUCUGUACAGUGUUGAAUACGUUGACCAACAAAGCCAACACACUGACAAGUAGAUACAAGGACAGGAUUGGACUUUCUUUAUAGCCUUGUUGCAUGACAAAAUAAUCAUUCAAUUGACAAUGAAAAACCUGUAAUAAAGAGCUCUGGAGAAAGAAGGUAACUUGUACAGCUUAGCUGAAAAAAAAACAUGUUUGAAAGCAAAGAUAUGAAUCAUUCUGCAGAAUGCAUUUGGCUGUUAAGAAAUGUAUGCCUUCAGUGAAACACAACUUAUUGCAAAAAAUGUUGUGCUGCGUGGAUUGUGAAUUCUUAACUCUGCAAAUGAAGUAUUUCUUCUGCUGGAGACAUUUUGGAACUGUAUUAAUAUCAGUAUGUACUUUCCAACUGUUACAUACAUGAAAAGUUUUCCUAAGUACUCAAUCAUAAAUGUGAACUACCUCCAUCAUUUCUCAUUUAUGAACUAAAUAAAUAAA